AAUUGAAUCUGUCACAAUGAUACAUCUGCAUUCUACGCUUUAAUUCAAUUUCACCCACUGAGAGUAAACACGAAGUGAAAAUUACUAAAAAAUGACCGCCCCUUCAACAAAACUAGCCUCGACAGCUGUCUGGUUUGUCACCGGAUGUUCCUCUGGAUUGGGAAAAGCCAUAGUGCAGACUGCGCUCAAUGCUGGUCAGCAUGUUGUAGCAACGGCUCGCAACGUGGACUCCUUAUCUUACCUCCCUGACAGCAAGAAAGUUCUCAAACUAAGGUUAGACGUCACCUCCAAAGAAUCCAUUGUCAAAGCCAUCAGAGAAACGGUUGAAAAACAUGGGCGACUGGACGUGGUAGUCAAUAAUGCCGGAUAUUCCCUCACGGGCGAUACUGAAGCGAUACCAGAGGAAGAUGCGCGGCAACUAAUCGAGACUCUCUACUGGGGACCUGUAUUCAUUAUGCAGGAAGCAGUUCGAGUCUUUCGAGAGGUUAACCCUCCAAAUACUGGUGGAACAGUCAUCAAUAUCAGCUCGAUGGGAGGAUCAAUAACAGUGGCGGGUAACUCCUUCUAUCAUGCCGGGAAAUUCGCUCUUGAAGGAUUCACCAAAUCAAUUGCGCAAGAGAUGAAGCCAGAAUGGAAUAUUCGAUUCAUGCUUGUCGCUCCAGGAGGGGUACGGACAAAUUUUGCCGGGUCCAAAACGAGCAGCAUGAAGGUCCUACCUCGGCAUCCAGCCUAUGACAGCCCAUCUCAUCCGUUGACACAGCUGCUGAACUAUCUCGAAAUGCCAGGAGUUGGCGAUACUUGGGGAGACCCGGAGAUCUGUGCUAAGCUGAUGUACGACACGGUUGUGGGAAAAUAUGACCGGCCUUUGCCGACACGGUUGUUAAUGGGGGGUGAUGCUGUCCGACUAGUGAAGCAGGACAUUGAAAAGACAUUGCAGGAGAUAGAGAUAUGGGAAGCUGAGAGUAAAAUUUGCUCGCCCAAUGGUGGAGCAGACUUAUCAGGAGCUGGCAAAUAG